AGGCGCGGAGGAGAAAUAAGAAUUUUCGCGCCUGUUCUCCCAUUGGCCUGCGCAGCGGCGUGAGUCCUUCUCCGAUUGGCCGCCGCGGCGGCGCAUGGGCGUGAGGCCUGCUCGGAUUGGCCAGCUCGCGGCCGUGGCGGAGAGGCGCGCGCGGGAAGUCAGUCAGUCCGUCCAACGCAGACAUGAACUGCCUGACGGUGCCCGGUGUCCACCCCGGCUCGCCUAGCCGCCCGCGCGGGCAAAUUCAGGUGAUCUUCGGGCCCAUGUUCUCCGGGAAGAGCACGGAGCUAAUGCGGCGGGUGCGGCGGUUCCAGCUCGCUCAGUACCAGUGCCUGCUGGUGAAGUAUGCUAAGGACACACGCUACUGUGUCUCUGGUGUCUCCACACAUGACAAGAACACCAUGGAGGCCCUGCCAGCCUGCCUUCUCAAGGACAUAUACCAGGAGGCGCUGGGCUGUGCGGUCAUCGGCAUUGAUGAGGGCCAGUUUUUCCCAGAUAUUGUGGACUUCUGUGAGACAAUGGCCAAUGCUGGGAAAACAGUCAUCGUUGCUGCUCUUGAUGGGACUUUCCAGAGAAAGGCCUUCGGGAGCAUCCUGAACCUGGUGCCACUGGCAGAGAGCGUGGUGAAGCUGAAUGCCGUGUGCAUGGAGUGCUACCGAGAAGCUUCCUACACAAAGAGGCUAGGAGCAGAGAAGGAGGUUGAAGUAAUUGGAGGAGCAGACAAGUACCAUUCUGUCUGCCGAGCCUGCUACUUCCGCAAGCGGCCUCAGCAGCCUGGGCUGGAAAACAAAGAGAACAUGCCCUUGGGGAUGAAGCAGCUGGACAUGGCCUCCUCCCGGAAGAUCUUUGCUUCUUGACUGCUGGGGUCCCACAUGGGGGAAAAUGAGAGGAAGAAAGCUGAAUCCUGUGGCUCCCAGAUGCCAGAUCUGGCUUCCCCUGCUUUUAGCAAAACUGUUAAGUGUCUUAGUUUUACCUGCCAAGCUGCUGUUCCUCUGCACCAAGGACCAGGAAAGAGGAGGAUCAACUGGACCUGAUGCUGGGGAAGCUGAAGCGGGAGCCUGACCAAAAGUGAGUUCCUUCCUCAGAACAUGGAAAAGAGACAGGUGUAGUUACUGAUGCUGCCACGCAAACAGGUCCUGGAAAACUUCAUAGUAAGCCGGGCUGCAGGGCUUCCAUCGCACGCCAUCGUUCUGGCCUGCUCUCCUGGUCCUCUGCACAUGUUCAGACUGGCACUGGUGGCUGGUUCAUUUGCCUGUGAAUGCAACUGUUUCUUUAUCUGUUGUGUGCUCUUGCUAAACACCAGGUUUCUUAAGACCACAGUAUUUUAAACCCGCUUCCUUUUUUAAUGCAGUCUGAGGAGAUAACCUGUUCCUUGUCGUAGAGCCAUGACACAGCUUUUCAACUGACACACAGAGCAGCAGCCUGCCCUGUAGCAGUCCCUUCGAAUGAUUGUGCAUGGCCUGCCUCUUUGCUGUUAUGCUCACUGUAACUGUCUUGCAAAUUUUUGUUGAAACAGAAGUUGGCAGGGGGAGAAAGGCUUGACUUGAUAGCCUGACAGUAGGCUCUUCCUAGUUUUUGAGCUUUAAAAGGGCUAGUAGUAGUCUGUGUAGUAAGACAAAGUCCUUCUGGAACAACUAGACUUCACUUCAGGAAGAGCCUCCUCUCCAAAUUCAGGGUGUCUUUGCUUAGGUUCAAGCUUGGUGCUGCCACUUUAGUGCUUAGUUAUCUGUGAAGGGUUUGGAGGCUCAGGAUUCAGUGGUAAGGGUUUGGGCUACUGUUUCUGUGAAGAUCCAGCUACUUGGAAACUCAGCUCUAGUCAUGUAUCUUGCUCCCUGCUGAGCCUUCUGAAAAUUCUUGAGGCUGAUUCUUCUUCCACUCUAAGUGGACUGAAGGAUCCUCUUCCCCCUUUGCUUGACUUGGCUUCUGGAAGGGGUUUAGUUUUGGUUUUUUUCUUUCCCCCUUACUGCAAAAGUGCUUUUCCCUGAAAGCCAGCCUCCACAAGCUCCAAGCAGUAGCUCUUGGUUGUGGCCAGGUCACAUCUCCAUGUGCAAAUGCACUGCUCUGUUUGCCUGCACCCUCCAGCCAGGAAGAGCCACCUCCCCAGAAGGUUACAAGAGCCAUCUUGAAAACCCAUGCUGUUUGUUAUUUGAAGUAGUGACAGUUAUAGUACCCACAAGGACUUGAUUGCCAGGCAUGGGCUUUCCCCUUGGGGGGGUGGGGGUGGAGGGAAGGCAGCACUGCUACUGGUUUUGGCUAAUAAAUAACUUAAUGAAA